UAACUUGUUGUGCUGAGAACUACUUUGCCAAAAUAGCAACACUUACUUUAUAGAAAUGAUCAUGAUAAUUUUUAAAGUACUCGUACAGUCGUACUGUAGGCAGGCGUACUAAUUUUGUGUAUUGUACAUUUUUAACUAUGGUAUUGUAUCACAAUGCGUCAGUGUAAAGUUGCUCAUAUGCCUGCAAACUACCUGCAUUACUGACCUUUGUCGAACACGAACUGCUCCACGAUAGUGAUCAGCCGUUUGUCAGAACCCGUUUGUCAACUGUACUGUACAGCGUUCAUCAGCGGGCUUGCAAAGUUCCUGAUUUCGAUUCAAACAUUAAUUUUCAUACAACGGCACUAAAAACAACAAAGCUAUGGCGCUUACAAGACCACCUACACAACAGGAGCUGAAAUGGGAAACCAUGAGGCGUAACUUCGAAGCUAGAAGGAGUCGUAUUCUACACUCUGAUCCUAGAAUUGCUAAUAUCACGAUUAAAAAGGAAGAUAUUGAUGCACAAAUGAUGCAGCACCAGCGACGCAUGGACACGGAUCGGCAAGAGGCACUGUCCUUACAAAGUUAUCUGCAGCAACUAGAUCAGCUUCAUUACGCCGAAAUGUACCGUGCUCGACAAGCAGAACGGAGUGAAAGGUCAGCCUUGACAAAUUACCGACAAAGCCAGCAAAAACAGGAAAGCAGACUGGUGUUGGAAAAGCACGCCUCACCGCAACCAUACCAUCACAAAGAUACGUCUGUACAAGGCCCUUCCGCUAUGAUCAAUUUUGAUGGAUUUCGGUAUAUGGAUCCGCAUAUUCCUUUAGCGAAAAAAAAACUGCAGCGUUCGAUGCUUGAUGAGCAAGUGCGGCAGCAGGCAAAUGAGAGGGAAAAGGCUAACGAUUUAGAAAGCCUUUUGGAACGGAAAGAAAUACAGCUUGGAAGGACGGCUGAUAAUAGCCAAAGGCGGCUGCUAAAGCUGCAUAAGAAAGACGAAAUUAGUACCUUUCAACAAAACUUGCAACAGUCCCAAGAAGAUAAGAUUUUGCGAAGAGCUAAAAGGGACGAAGAGUGGAAGCGCGAUGAGGAAGAAAUCAGCUUCUGGACGCACGGAUCAUUCUUGAAUGAGCAGCCCAAAAAGUUCGAUAAAUUCAGGCGAACGGACUGGCGCGGAGAAACAAAAGAGCAGCUGCAACAAAUGUAUUCCGAUGUUCAGUACCAACAGGAUGUCAAGCGACAACAAAAGGCUAAAGAAUCCCGAAAUGAACUGGAUCGGGUACAAUUUGUAAAAGAGCAGGAGCGAUUUGCGAAAUUUAGCGACCACGAAGCUCUGAAAAACAAAGGGCGCGUGGAUCAGCAACUUAACCAGGACAAUAUCCUUAAAGGCUUGGAAGAUCGCGCUAGGAAUGAACAUUUCAGAAAGAAUAUUUAUGGCUUCAACCAACCCAGCGAACACUUUUGGGAUCAGUUUGGCAGAUCUGGACGCUAACAAGAUUAAAGUUACAGUUCCCAUUUGCAUUUGAUCAGAUCAGUUUUAAGAAACGUGGUCGCCCAGAAUUAAUUUCGUCUAGUGUAAGUAAUCAGGCCAUUUUCCACUAUGAACGUUCUCUUUGUGUUACGCAGCGCUACUUUAUAAAAACAUACAAAUUAAAGCUAUCGGCGAAUCACGCAAUGCAUAAACCGUUUGUUCAUGUGACACUGACGCGUACGUGAGAGUGCAAUCUCACUACAUCGC